UUAUUCAUUCACUCAGCCCAUACCAACAAAAAAAAAAAAAUAAAACUUCAAAACAGGGCUUCGAGAGAAAGGACGAGGGAGAGUGAGAUCUCUCUGAAACCCUAGAAUCUCAAUGUCAUUGCCACCGCCACCGUCACCGCCACCGCCAUUCAUCUUCUUGCCGGUGUUGCCAUCAUUGUCUCCUUCGUUCCAAGUCAGUGAUGAUUGCAUUCAGAUCGUUGAGGUAAUGCUUAGAUCUUCUGCUUCUGCGUCAUCUUCCACGACGGGUUCUUCUGUUGGUUCUGCUUUUGCUCCGAUGGCUUGAAGGAUUCAGAGCGCGGUUUCGGCGCGGACGCAGUGACACUAGCUGAGGAGAUCUGGAAGGCGUGCGAGCGGGAGUCUCUGGAAAGUUCGAUUGAAGCUGCAUUCAAAGCUAUCAGAUCUCGUGGAACUGAUUCUCAUGUUCCAAGUCAUUGCGAUUGCUAUUUUUGCACCUUUUAUGUGGAUUUCAUGAACAGAAUGGUUAUCUGUCCACAGAAACUUUGUUCGACACUAUUUGGCAUUCACCAAUCGCCACAGAAGUGGUAUUUCAAAGUUGUCACUUCACAAGCCGUUGAGCGCAGAUUCUCUUAAGCUCUAAGCGGAUCAAUUGCAAUUGGCUUCAGAGGAGUAUUUCUAUUAUUUAAUUAUUUUAGUUGCAUAAGAGGUGUAUUUGCUUGCAUGGUUUUCUGCUUGACUUGUUUUGGGCGAUUAUCCUUUUUUUAAUAUAUGCUUUUGGUAUUAACUAAUUUGCUGUCAAUGUUUAAUGUAUGUCUUUAUAGAAUUAUAUUCAACUUUCCGAUUAACUGUAUACUCAUUUUUGGUGCAGACGUUGGGUAUAGGAUAUGCAUUUUCUUCAUUUAUCUAGCUUUGUGGCCCUAUUACUGGCCUUGUGAUAGGAUCCUUUAUGAUUUCCUUGGCUACGAUUGGAUAUUUAUUCGGAGAUACAAGUGAGCAUUCACAUUUAAAGUUAACCGAACAAGAGCUGCUCUUGUAUUUAUUUUUGGGUUCUGGAUGCUGGAUCUUGCCAACAACACUGUGCAGGGACCAGCUUGGGCACUUUUGGCUGAUGACCUUUUCAGGUCCUGAUCAACACAAUGUAGUAAAUGCUAUAUUUUGUUCAUGGAUGGCAGUUGGCAAUAUCCUGGAAUAUUCUGCUGGUGCUAGUGGAAAGUGGAACAGAUAGUUCCCUUUCCUGACAAAUAGAGCUUAUUGUGAAGCCUGUGGCAAUCUUAAGGCCGCAUUUAUUGUUGUAGUGGUGGGUUACUAUCUGAUAUCAUUUUAUAUAUUGUCAGAUCAUAUAAAAUAUGUAAAUUUAAUUGAUCUAAGUUGUUCAUUUCAUACCAAUUUGAUUGAUGUAAUUUGUUUAAAUUUCUAUUCAUUACAUACUAAUUACCAAUUUCUUUAAAGUUAAAUAAUCUUUAGCUUGAUUGA